AUGGUGACUACCCUCUCGCUGGCGUUAGUCCAGAAGGCAAAGGGUCGGAGACGACACGUGCUCGAAGCUGGUCCCAGGUUUGCACCCGAGCCGCCACCCAAGGACGGUGAUAUGGUUAUAACUGGUGGGCCGAAGCAGCUGGCGCGGAGGAAAGUGCCCCGCUGGGCGCCGGAUGGAGGUUCUGAUCCUCUGGUUGCAGACAGAGGGAGGGGUGGCGAACUGGAUGUCAUCUCUGAGGAAGUCUAUCCAGGUGAUGGCCGGUGUUACCGUGUAGUCUACGAUUUGGGAAUAGGUGUCCGAAAAGAGCCCAACAUCGGAGCGAAACGCACCGGAGAAGAUCUUCUCCCUGGUGAAUGCUUCGAGAUCAAGAAAGAGAUUCGCCGUGCCGGACGGCGCUACUUCGAGCUGCUCGAUGGAAGGGGCUGGGUCUUUGACUGGACCGAGGUUGAUGGCGAACGAGUCGAACUUGUGGAGCUUGCAGCCCAGCUCUACACGGUAGCAUUCCCUGACGGAGUGAACGGCAUUGCCUGGAGCUCCGAUGCCACCAUGAGGUUUAGCACAGUCAAUGGCUUCACCAAUGAGGUUGAAGCGACCAACCUUGCGCAGGCUGGAAUUCGCACAGGCGAUGUUCUGGUGAUGAUUGACCAGGAUCCCGUGGUUGGCAUGCCUUUUGGGCAGGUUUUGGAACGGAUUUGGGCAACUGCCGGCCGCCAACCGGGAUCAGGAUACUUUUACAAGGUGACCACGGAGACUCCUUAUGGCAUCGGGAUUCGAGAUGAGCCGGACAUCAACGGCCCGAGAACGGGCGAAGACUUGAUCCGAGGAGCAGUCUUCGAGGUGGAUGAGAUGGUGGAGGUGCAGGAUGAUAUCACGUACCUGCACCUGGCGGACCAGCGGGGUUGGGUCUUUGACAACUCGGCACAAGAGCCAGAUACCCCGUGCGUCAUCAACCUGGCAGAGAUCGAACCCGGAUGCACCCUGACCAUGUGGCGUGGGGAGGUCGAUGAGUUGGCCAAGACCAUUGGCCUCAGGUUCAAGCAGGAUGGCAACGAGGGCCAACCCUUUACUUUGACUGUGCUUGAAGAGGGAGAGCCCAUCCAGCGUGUUCCUUGUGCGCCUGGCUCCAACCUGCGCAAGACGCUUCUCGCGAAUGGCUUCCAGGUCUAUCAAGAUCUUCGCUCUGUCUUCAACUGCAACGCCCAGCAGCUCUGUGGCACCUGUGUUCUGGACGUGAUGGAGGGUGACGAGAACCUCACUGUCCGAUCUGUGAACGAGGCAGCGGUCAUGUCGGCCAAUCCACCCAGCUUCAGAUCGCCCUUCUGCCCUGGCAGCGAGAGGCCGCUGGCCGUGCAAGACAUGGGAGCAGCCGUGCAGGCGUGUGUGUUCACCAUCGGCUUGAUUGGUGUGCUGAUCUUUAUGCUGGCCGCACUCUUGGAGCAGAAGCUCACUGGCUUGAACAGUUACUUCGGAAGCCCGAAUUGUCUCUCCGUUCCGGAUCCUGGACGUUCGACUUUGGCCAGCACUGCCCUUCCAUCAUCGCCUUCAUCAGCUGCUUCUCAAAAUCGUGGCUCUUUGCGGGACUCGUCGGAAGCGCCCGAGGAUGGGAGCAUGCCCUGGGUCCCUGCUCCCGUCCGUGCUGAACGGUGUUUAGCACGGAGUGGCACCAUCGAUGAGGGAUCUCUUAGUGCACAGCCACAGAACCUUGGAAAGCUGGAAGCGCUCAGCACGUUGAAAGAUGAAUUCAAGUUCAACAAGAGCUUUGGAGCCAAAGUGGACGGCUUGAUCCGAGAGGGGUACCGGGGCUGGAGGCGUGUGAGAGGCGACGGAAACUGCUUUUACCGUGCUGUCGGCUAUAGCCUGAUCGAGCAGAUCAUACUCUCUGAAAAGCGGCGAACUUCGGCUGCAGCGCUGGUCCGGCAGUUGCGAGAACUGCAGUUGGAGGAUCCUGUCGAGCAGAAAGCCCACGAGCGCUUGGUGGGCCACUUAGAGCGGGUGGCUGCAGGCCUGCGCUGGCAGGAGCAAGUCUUGGACGCAGAGCGGCACCAAGUCUACGAGGCCUUCAACGAUGCUAUGGACGACUCGAUCGACACGGCCUGCAUCCGGGCGAUGCGGCGCCUCACUGCAAAGUGCAUACUCGAACGCGCAGACGAUUGUAGCCUGUGUGGCGGCAUCAGCUUUCGGACCCUCUGCGAAGUGCAAGGCCUGGGCACGCCGGAGGACUUCUGCGAAAAGGUAGUGCUUCCGAUGCAUGUCGAGGCUGAAUCCGUUGUCAUGAAUGCCGUCGUCGCUGCCCUGGGUGUGAAGCUUCGGCUGGCGCUGCUUCAUAGGAGUGAGCAGGCUGGACUUGUCUUCGAAGACUACAUGCCGCCCGUGGACGAAGGACAGCCGGUGGACCAAUUCGUGAUCCAUGUGCAGCUGCGGCCAGGUCACUACGACCUUCUGUACCUUCAGCUUGAUGAGACUCCACCCACGUCUCCUCAAAGGCGAGCCACCUUGGCUUGUGCUGGUUAUGGUCACGAAGGAUUGGCUUCUGCCACGCUCAGUCCAGCUCACACCCUGGAGCCUGACAGAAGAGGUCACUUCAGGUGA